AAAAAAAAAAAAAAAAAAGAAAAAAAAAAGAAAAAAAAAAAGGAGCCAACAACGAAACAACCCAAACCCCAAAGCCAGCCGCCGCCGCCGCAGCCCCACGGAGGAGCGUCCCGUCGUCGCCGUCGACCUCGUCCUCGUCCCCAUUCUCGUCCCCAUCCCUGUCCCCAUCCCUGUCCCUGUCCCCGUCCCCUCUCCCCGCCGCCCCCAGCCGGGCAGCGCUCCCCGGGCGGCCCCCGCGGCCAUGGUGCGGUGCUGAGCGCGGCCCCCGGGGCCAGCGGGGCGGACCAUGAACCUGGUGGGGGGCUACCAGCACCACCACCACCACCACCACCACCACAUGCUGCACGACCCCUUCCUCUUCGGGCCGGCGGCGCGGUGCCACCAGGAGCGCACCUAUUUCCCCGGCUGGGUGCUCAGCCCGGCCGAGGUGACCCCCGAGCUCCCCGGGCAGAGCCCUAAUUACGGCCCCGCCGAGUACGGCCCGGCCGGCCAGGGGAGGCUGGAGGCUCUCAGCGGUCGCCUGGGUCGAAGGAAAGGGGUCGGGGGACCCAAAAAGGAGAGGAGGAGGACGGAGAGCAUCAACAGCGCCUUCGCCGAGCUCCGCGAGUGCAUCCCCAACGUGCCCGCCGACACCAAGCUCUCCAAAAUCAAGACGCUGCGCCUGGCCACCAGCUACAUCGCCUACCUGAUGGAGGUGCUGGCCAAGGACAGCCAGCCCGGGGACCCCGAGGGCUUCAAAGCCGAGCUGAAGAAGGCCGACGGCCGGGACAACAAGAGGAAAAGGGAGACGCCCGAGGUCUACUCCUCGCAGCCCUUGGGCCACGGCGAGAAGAAGCUGAAGGGCCGCACGGGGUGGCCCCAGCAGGUCUGGGCUCUGGAACUGAACCCCUGAGCCCCGCUCCAUGACCGACCCCUGCCCGGCCCGGAGCGCGGCGGCUCCCCCGGGCACGGGCAGCGGGGCCCCGCCGGGACGCGAGCGAGGGCCGGAUCCUGCCCGCCCCGUCGGCGGCCGGGCUUAAUCCACCCUCGCCCCGCCGCCUUCCUUCUUGCCUUCCUUCCUUCUUUCUUCCCUUCCCGAGCCGGGCCGGGCCGGGCCGGUGUCACUCGGUCGCUGCUGUAAAGCCCCGAGCCGCGUGGCUGCGUUGAAACUACCUAGAGGUGCAUUUGGGACCGCUCCUGGGCCGGGUUUUCUACCUCAGCUCCGCACGACCACUUCCCGAGGGACCGGGCGCGCCGCAGCACGUAUUUAAAAAACUGACUGCUUCGAAACCAGCCGCAAAAGCGAACGAAUAAAAACUUAAACUUCAUGCAAA